AUAUAGACUCAUAGUUAUUCUCUCUAGUACUCUAUACCUCCAUUUAUUACCUUUGUCUUUUGCAACCAUUCCUUCCUUCUCCAUCCACUCAUAAUGCUCUUUCUGUUUACCCUCCUACCUCUCUUCUACUAGCUAUCACCUUUUUCCACUAACUUAUAUCACCUUUCACAUCUCUCUCUCACUAUCACUCCUCUUAAUUCCCCCUCUUCUAAUUAGGGUUUCUUCUUAGAGGUGAUUCUCCUCACCUUAGACUACUUUCUCUUGUGAGAGGAAAAAGAGGAUCAACUUCUCAAGGAUCUCCAUCUAGGGAUAUAAAAGGGAAUUAAUAUAAAUCAAUAAAAAUGGCAUCAUCAUCAUCAUCCAGCUCUUAUAAUUCACCAUGUGCUGCCUGCAAAUUCUUGAGGAGAAAAUGCAUGCCAGGAUGCAUCUUUGCACCUUACUUUCCACCAGAAGAGCCUCAAAAAUUUGCAAAUGUUCACAAAAUAUUUGGUGCUAGCAAUGUCACAAAGCUUCUCAACGAACUCCUCCCUCAACAAAGAGAAGAUGCAGUGAACUCACUUGCUUAUGAAGCAGAAGCAAGAGUGAGGGACCCAGUUUAUGGCUGUGUAGGUGCUAUAUCUUUCCUCCAAAAACAAGUUCAGAAGCUUCAAAAGGAACUUGAUGCUGCUAACACUGAUCUUCUUCGCUAUUCCCUUACCGAUCAUAUCCCUGCUGCGCCAACGUCUCUUUCUAUGCCUCCAGGAGUUGUAUCAGUUCAACAAAUGCCACAAAGAUCACAGUUAAGUGCAAGAGAUGAAGGAGGUGGUUUUUUUGGACAAUCUCCUAAUAUUGCUAAUUAUUCUUUUCCAUAUUCUCUUCCUUGGACUGAUACAUCCUCUGAGGAUAUGAGUGAGGGUGGAGGAGGAGGAGGAGGAGGAAACCUUUUGUGAGUUGAGUUUAGUAAUGUAUAAGUAUAAUAACCCAUCUAGGGUUUAUACUUUUUGAGACAUGGCCUGCAAUAUUCUUAUGGUGUGAUGAUAUUAUAUAUGCCUCUAUUAUGGACUUUGGCUAUAAAUAUGUAGCCUUGAUUAUUGGACUCUUUUAUCUUGGUGAUUGAAGAGGUAUUUGUUUCUUUAAAUUAAAUAAAGUUUAUUUAUUUGUUAGUUGAUAAAGAUUCAACUCAGAUCUCACAAAGUUUGAGUUUAGAUUUGAUUGCAGAUGUAAAAUUUUGUUGGUGAGUA